GAGGGUCGCUUACAUACUGUUGCAAAAUUAUGCCUUGACUGUCACUGUCUGUUAUCAUUGUACGUAUGCAAAUUGUUGUGAAAUUCAAAUAAAAUUUUUAAAUCAAACAAACAUAUAUAACAGCCUUUGGACUUUAUCUUUAUGUUUAUGAUGUGUGUGUAUAUAUAUAUAUAUGGACACACUGAUCUGAUCUGCAUUUAUGACUGCAAUAUCCUCUUGUGCUGCAUUAAUGCAAGAAUUCCAUUGGCCUAUCUGGGACAAAACUCUCUUGAAUCUUGACGCGGGAAAGGGCAACCCGGAAGUCAGCGGGCCUCGUGAUUGGCUAUUUCCAGGGGACACCGCGUGGGUCCGACGGGCUGGGAGCCAAUAGGAAAGGGGCGGCGGCUGAUUCCUCAUUUGCAUAAGGCAGUGUAUAUCAGGGGGCGAGCGGCGACGGGCGGCCGCAGUCGGGUGAAGGAACGAAGCGAGCGGGCGAUCGCGGUGAAGGAUGCCCGAGAAUGUGAGCAAGGUGAUCGCCAAGAAAGGGGCCAAGAAGGCGGCUUCCAUGUCGCACUCGAAGGGCGCGAAGAGGCGGCGCCGGGUCCGCAGGGAGAGCUACGGCAUCUACGUGUACAAGGUGCUGAAGCAGGUGCACCCGGACACGGGCAUCUCCUCCAAGGCCAUGAGCAUCAUGAACUCCUUCGUCAACGACGUCUUCGAGCGGAUCGCCUGCGAGGCGCUGCGCCUGGUGCACUACAGCGGGCGGCACACUAUGUCGUCGCGGGAGAUCCAGACGGCCGUGCGGCUGCUGGUGCCCGGGGAGCUGGCCAAGCACGCAGUCUCCGAGGGCACCAAGGCCGUCACCAAGUACACCAGCUGCAAAUGAGACACACCCGCUGGCAACCUGCCCUCCACACACCCACCCACACACCCAACAAAGGCUCUUUUCAGGGCCACCUCCACAUUGUCCGCUUGGAGUUUCGCCUUCCACAGGUUGCAUAAACAGCCCCUGCUAUUUCGCUUGGGCACUUACACUUUGUCGACUUGGAGCUGCGCCUUUCCUAGGUUGCAUAAACAGUUCUUGGUAUAUGGUCUGAAGAAGGGUCUCGACCCGAAACGUCUCCUUCAAUAUCAAUCAAUCAAUAUUCUUGCCAUAGAGGGAGUACAGAGAAGGUUCACCAGACUGAUUCCUGGGAUGUCAGGACUUUCAUAUGAAGAAUGACUGGAUAGACUCGGUUUGUACUCGCUAGAAUUUAGAAGAUUGAGGGGGAAUCUUAUAGAAACUUACAAAAUUCUUAAGGGUUUGGACAGGCUAGAUGCAGGAAGAUUGUUCCCGAUGUUGGGGAAGUCCAGAACAAGGGGUCACAGUUUAAGGAUAAGGGGGAAAUCUUUUAGGACCGAGAUGAGGAAAACAUUUUUUACACAGAGAGUGGUGAAUCUCUGGAACUCUCUGUCGCAGAAGGUAGUUGAGGCCAGUUCAUUGGCUAUAUUUAAGAGGGAGUUAGAUGUGACCCUUGUUGCUAAAGGGAUCAGGGGGUAUGGAGAGAAAGCAGGAACAGGAUACUGAGUUGGAUGAUCAGCCAUGAUCAUAUUGAAUGGCGGUGCAGGCUCGAAGGGCCGAAUGGCCUCUACUCCUGCACCUAUUUUAUAUG